AGCCAACCAACUUAUGGCGGGAUUUUCGACAAAACGGAAACCGAAACUGACUACUGACUCUGGUUACGUGCUCCGGUAUACAUAUAUUUGGAAGAUGAUGCCGACUUAACAGUAACGCACGAUGGCAGGCGAGGUCGACAGUUGCUCAAUGACCCCACCUAUGUCACCCAUGUUUGAGACUGACUUCGAUUACAUUUUGGAGUCCCAAGAGCCUUCUCCUGUGAAAAUGCCACUUCAUGAUUUCAUGGAAAUUGAAAGUUGCAAUGCAUCGGGAUGCUUUAUGUGUGGUGGAAGGCUGGAUGGUGUUCAGAGAAUCAGUUUUCGAAGGGACAGUGUUUUGAAGAGUGGCCAAUUACAGAGAAAGCUUAGCAUUUCAAAGGAUGACAGAAGCUUCAAUGAUACUGUGACUGAACUCUUCGGAUUCCAGUUUGUUCCACAAUUUGCCCUUUCCGAUCAGAUGGAAAGACUGUUUAUGUUUGCAAAAAACUGUAUAUUAGAAGUACAAAGAUCAUCAACAGUGUUCUUUGAUGCAGGUAGAAGUGAAGCUUUAUUGGAGCAUCGAAUACAGCUGAAGACAUUUUUAAAUUACAUCAAUGUUUACAUUCAAACUUAUGCUGGUUCUGAAGGAGGUGCUCGCGACUUGUUUUGUACGCGUCUGCUUUCUCAGCUACACAGUGUUCUGUUGUACAGCGGCAGACUCACGACUCAGUCACAUCUGGAGAAUGAGAGUACAAAGAGUGGUAGUGCCAGUUAUCACACUUUUCACCUGCAGCUUGACAUUUACUGGAGUCUGUUGGAUAUUUUCAACACAUUGCACAGUAAAUUUCCUGGAUUCACAACAAGCCAGAGAUUGUGUGUCACUCAAAAUGGAGAUUAUUCUGAAUUCACGUGCUUUGACCAACUUGUACAGAUUGUGUUUUGGGACUUGGUAUACUUGUCCACCAUUAAGCAUGACAAGUUGGGUCCCGCAGACUACCUGAAGGUUUCUCCAUUUCCGUGCAGCUGUGUAGCCGAACUGUUUAUAUUCAUCAUCCAUCUGACGUCACAACAACACAGCUGUAGUACAGAUGAUUCAUUCUGGGUUCGGUGCCACAGUGUUGUUCAGAUAAUGUGUGAAAAUACAGACACAUCAGAACAGAUACAAGAAAGAGAUAGUGACGUGUUCGUCAACCCACCCUCAACCCUGCCUAAGAAUCCCAUUGGCUGCAGCAUGUGGUUAAUAACUCACCUGGCACAUCUGUUUACAUACGAUGACAUCGGCAACACUAAAACACUGGAACCUAUGGACUGCAAUUACCUAAUUGUCAAGAAUACUCUGCAGAAAAAACUGUCUCAGAACUCGCUGACAGAGGCUGAACUGCGUAGUUUCCUCCAUUGUUGUCUGUCUCUGUCGAAGAUCUGGAAAGCCGACACGACCAUUGUGGUUCAACUCUGGGAAUACUUCUACCGCCGACUGAAUAAUACAUUCCAGUUGUCGGGAUCAAAUGUGGAAGGUCUUGCAUCUGUCGGCCAAAAUACCCAUUUUCUCUUGGAUCAGUGCAAGAAGUGGAGCUCAGGUCAAGAAGAUGGGAUUGAUAAAGAAAACAGUUUUUACUUAUUUCUGCGCCUGCUAGGAUGGCAGCUAUCUAGAGUGGUCAGGGUGGGAUCGUUACAUGAAUGGAGGCAGAUCAAAGGAAGAUUCUUUUCAAAGUUUCACCAGCGGCGUAUGCAGGAGUUGACAGAAUUGGGACUGCAGAAUUUCAGCUGUUUAUUUCUAACACUCGCACUGACGGUUGAGUUGGAGGAUGUGGCAAACAAGCUUUGCUCUUUCUACGACAUGGUUGAAUUUUCUGAUACCAAUAUUCAGAAGAGAUCUGUGGUAUGGCUGGGUGGACUGGCACUGGCUCAGAUCUAUGUUGAGAGAGGGAUGGACAUGGCAUUUAUAGCAGACAAACUGGUCACCUCAUUUAAUUCAGUCUGCAAGGAGUUUGUUGAGUUGGGUUUGGAUCCAUCUCGACGUUACCGCCUGUGGAGAAUGAUCAGUUUGUAUCUGGAGGCAACACAGGAUAUUUUCGAAAACAGUCCAAGCCUUGGCUGUUCAGAACACAGAUUGCUUGGUAAUGGAGUUGGCUGCAUACUGUCUGUCUGCCGAGACAGUGAGUUGAGGUUUACCUUGAUGACUUUGCAUUCUGUGUUUUCCACCUUCAGGAGUAUGCUGUUGAAGGUUCAGAGUUGUCAUGGAGACAGAGAAAAGGCUCAGUUACGGUCCAUGGAACUACAAUACAUAGCAUUGAGCACAGUUCUGUGGAAUGAAGUAUGCCCGUUCAUCAAGGAACACGCGACCACUCUGACUCCACCCAUGUGCCUUGCGGACCUAGCAGCUGUCAUCUGUCUUCUCUCCAAAGAUCUACCCAGUCUUCAGUCACCUACGAGUAGUUUCAAAGCCAUAUUCCAUCAUUUUGCUGGUGCAGAUGGUAUCCAUGUUGGUCUUUCCUGCCAUUUUGUGGCCCAGGUUGUUGGUGAGGAGGGUGUUUUGGACUGGAUGCUUGUCAACAUUCCCGGAAUUCAGGUGCAGCUCGUUCAGUCGUGGUUCAGAUGUGUCAUGUUGAUUCCCGCUUCAUUCCUAGAGUUGCAGAACUUUACCAGGAUUGUCACAAAACUUCCUGAAGUGCAGGAAAUGUCUUCUUCUGCAAACCUCACCACUGAUGGAGGUGUAGAGCACACUCCUAAAGACUUUCUCAAAACAUUAGGAAAGGUUUACUUUAGAUGUGAGAAUUUCAGAGAAAAGAUGCUUGUCAGGGACAAAGUGAUGAACUAUUUCAUUAAUGUCCCAAGGCAGAUAACUCCUGUUCUGCGAGUGAUGGGUCCUACAGAGACCGUCACAGCCAUGUAUACAGUAGUUGGACAACUCAUGAAGUACUGUUCACCCAUGCUGUAUGUGCAGUCGAAGCCAAACUGCCCUCUACCCGCUAUUCUUGAGGCUAUGAUUGUUCCACACUUUCUCAUCAAGACCAGCAAACCAGUUAGUCCAGUGUUUCUCGGAGCAGUACGAGACCAUCUUCAUCUGUUCAUGCUUGGCUUGUCGAGACUUGACUACCGAAGAGAUCCGUACUUACAGAGAAGACUGAAGGACAUAAUUUCCAUCUACUUGACGAGGUUUUCUUUAAAAUCUCAAGGCUCAACUGCUGUGUCUGUGGUACACCCACUUGUGAGUUCCCUUUGUGAAUCAUUCAUAAAAAGUCCGAGCAGUGAAGCGAUUGGUUUCCGUGAACACCUUCUGGAGUUGAUUCACUGUGAAUACCUUCAGCUGAAGAACCUCACAGUACCACAGUCGGCUAGUGUGGGUCUUGCCUAUGUGACUGAAGUUCUACAAAGGACUACCAGUGGUGAAGUCAUAGCAAGAGACAUUCACACUCUGUUGAGGACCAUCCUAGAAUAUGUUCUCCUGUCAACAUCAUCGGCUAUGAAACAACACGCCGUUCAUAUUAUGCAGUAUCUAGUGGAAGCCUGCAAGAAACAUCCCAGCAUUGUUUCUGUAAACCAGCUGAGUUCAGUCUUGCGAAGCUUUCUGAAGAUAUUUUUCAACCUCCAGUAUGAGGGUGUUCUGCAGAUAAUGGAGAAACUUUCCCUGAUCUACCCAGACCUGAUGGUCAGUCUCAUCUCUGAUAUGACACAGGCUGUCCGUGCGCUGGAGAACAAGAGAGGGGUCGGUGUCGACACAAGACUGAGGCAGAGCUACUUUUCUGUUCUUCAACAACUUGGUGAACUAGGACAGAGUGAAAUCACAGCAUUGAAAACUCAGCUGGAUGUACAUGAAACAAACUCCUGAUGCCAUUGGUCUCCGGUUUGAAAUUAUUGGGGAGGGGUGGACUGUUUACAAUCCCAGUAAUAAUAUGUUGAGCUCAAGAAGAAAACUUCAAAAUGAUCGAGACUUUAUGAAGAUAGCAGCAUCCCAACUUCUGUAGUCAUAAACUUCUAUCUGGUGAGGAGAAAUGUACUUUAAACUAUAAUAAUUAUUGUUCAGCUGAAAUUGUGGACCGACAUCUACAAACCUUGUGGUAUUGUGGAUAAACUAAUACAAAUUUUUUUUUAAGCUAGUGAGAUUGAAUGUGAUUUAUGGAAAUAAUGCAGCCAACUGAAAAUUACUUUGUUGCAGCCGUUUUCAUCCACCAAAUUAUUUUUUGAAUUGUUGAGAUUAUUUACAUAUGUACAUUAAAUCUGUGUCAACUAAA